ACUGCUCAUUUACUGUCAAUAGCAAUCUCGGUAGUACUUCUAUUGGAGAUUACGCAGUGGCUCUACAGAUAGAGGAUUUCACUGACUCGUCUUCCAGUAUUCCUUUAAGCAGUGUACCGUUACAGUUUAUCAUUACUGUUCAACAGGCUGGUGUUUGUUUCGAUAGCGCAGUUUUUGUCUCUCCGACACCGGCUGCUGGGGAAACAUUACUUGCUCAAAAUAGAUCUCUACAGCUUAAUGCUAGAGCCUAUGUUCAUUAUACAAAAGUAACCAAAUUCCACAUUAUGUCGCCUCUCAAAUUUACAAUGUCGGACAUCGUGCAACAUGGGUUAUAUGAAUUUGAGGUUACAAUGUCGCUGGAUCCAAAUGUCGAGGAUCUCAAUGGAACUUAUGUAAUGUGCUUUUCAGCAGAGACAAGUGAAAGUUAAGUAGUUUACAAUACAUUACAUAUACAUGUAUGUUCAGUAUUACUUAUAUGAAUACGAUUAUUUUACUUAUAUCUCCCAGCCUGUCGUUUUUUCUGCAUUUUUACAGCUUCUAAAUGUUUAAGGAUAAUGUUGUUUAUGUUGUUUUCUAAAUUGUCUAUAUUAGAUAUAAAUUGCAAAUAUUGAAUUAUCAUAAAUCACCGACCACUGUGGAAAAAUAAAUUUAAUGUUUUAUCAAUUUGCAGGAUAUCCUCAGAAUCAAGAUGUAUCACCGUGGAUCUAGGAGAUAUCGAUGACUGCCAAACAGAGCCUUGUCAAAACAAUGGAUCCUGUACAGACCUGGUCAAUGACUACCAAUGUAGUUGUGUUGCAGGAUUCAAUGGAACAAAUUGUGAAAAUGACAUCAAUGAAUGCACAGUACAACCUUGUCAGAACAAUGGGACGUGUAUUGAUCUGAUCAAUGGGUACCAGUGUAUUUGUGCAUACAGGUUUAAUGGAACAAACUGUGAAACAAUUAAUGAUUCAUGCCCAAGCGAUUGUCAAAACAAUAGCACUUGUAUAGACAUGAUCAGCCACAUCCACUGUCAGUGUGUUGAAGGAUUCAAUGGAACAAGGUGUGAAAACAAUAUCGACGACUGCAUACCAGAGCCUUGUCAAAACAACGGAACCUGUACAGACCUGGUCAACGACUACCGCUGUGAUUGUGUAGCAGGAUUCAAUGAAACAAAUUGUGAAAACAAUAUUGAUGACUGCCAUCCAGAUCCCUGUCAAAACAAUGGAACCUGUACAGACCUUGUCAACGACUACCGCUGUGAUUGUGUUGCAGGAUUCAAUGGAACAAAUUGUGAUAACAAUAUCAACGAAUGUCUUCCGAAUCCUUGUCAAAAUAACGGAACCUGUACAGACAUGGUCAAUGAUUACAAGUGUGAUUGUGUUCCUGGAUUUAAUGGAACAAACUGUGAAAACGAUAUCGAUGACUGCAAUCCAGAGCCUUGUCAAAACAAUGGAACCUGUACAGACUUGAUCAACGACUACCAAUGUGAUUGUGUUGCAGGAUUCAAUGAAACAAAUUGUGAAAACAAUAUCGAUGACUGCCAACCAGAUCCAUGUCAAAACAACGGAACCUGUACAGACCUGGUCAAUGACUACCACUGUGAUUGUGUUGCAGGAUUCAAUGAAACAAAUUGUGAAAACAAUAUCAAUGACUGCCAAGCAGAACCUUGUCAAAACAAUGGAACCUGUACAGACCUGGUCAACGACUACCGCUGUGAUUGUGUUGCAGGAUUCAAUGAAACAAAUUGUGAUAACAAUAUCAACGACUGUCUUCCGAAUCCUUGUCAAAAUAACGGAACCUGUACAAACAGGGUCAAUGAUUACAAGUGUGAUUGUGUUCCUGGAUUUAAUGGAACAAACUGUGAAAACGAUAUCGAUGACUGCCAACCAGAUCCAUGUCAAAACAACGGAACCUGUACAGACCUGGUCAACGAUUACCACUGUGAUUGUGUUGCAGGAUUCAAUGGAACUAAUUGUGAAAACAAUAUCAAUGACUGCCAAGCAGAACCUUGUCAAAACAAUGGAACCUGUACAGACCUGGUCAACGACUACCGCUGUGAUUGUGUUGCAGGAUUCAAUGAAACAAAUUGUGAUAACAAUAUCAAUGACUGUCUUCCGAAUCCUUGUCAAAAUAACGGAACCUGUACAGACAUGAUCAAUGAUUACAAGUGUGAUUGUGUUCCUGGAUUUAAUGGAACAAACUGUGAAAACGAUAUCGAUGACUGCAAUCCAGAGCCUUGUCAAAACAACGGAACCUGUACAGACUUGAUCAACGACUACCAAUGUGAUUGUGUUGCAGGAUUCAAUGAAACAAAUUGUGAAAACAAUAUCGAUGACUGCCAACCAGAUCCAUGUCAAAACAACGGAACCUGUACAGACCUGGUCAGCGACUACCAAUGUGAUUGUGUUGCAGGAUUCAAUGAAACAAAUUGUGAAAACAAUAUCGAUGACUGCCAACCAGAUCCAUGUCAAAACAACGGAACCUGUACAGACCUGGUCAACGAUUACCACUGUGAUUGUGUUGCAGGAUUCAAUGAAACAAAUUGUGAAAACAAUAUCAAUGACUGCCAAGCAGAACCUUGUCAAAACAAUGGAACCUGUACAGACCUGGUCAACGACUACCGCUGUGAUUGUGUUGCAGGAUUCAAUGAAACAAAUUGUGAUAACAAUAUCAAUGACUGUCUUCCGAAUCCUUGUCAAAAUAACGGAACCUGUACAGACAUGGUCAAUGAUUACAAGUGUGAUUGUGUUCCUGGAUUUAAUGGAACAAACUGUGAAAACGAUAUCGAUGACUGCAAUCCAGAGCCUUGUCAAAACAGCGGAACCUGUACAGACCUGGUCAACGACUUCCACUGUGAUUGUGUUGCAGGAUUCAAUGGAACAAAUUGUGACAUCAAUAUCGAUGAGUGUGCAUCUGAACCUUGUCAGAACAAUGGAACUUGUAUAGAUCUGAUCAAUGAUUACACAUGUGCUUGUACUGUCGGUUUUAAUGGAACGAACUGCACAAUUGAUAUCGAUGACUGCAAUCCAGAGCCUUGUCAAAACAACGGAACCUGUACAGACCUGGUCAACGACUACCAAUGUAGUUGUGAUGCAGGAUUCAAUGGAACAAAUUGUGAAAACAAUAUCGAUGACUGCAAUCCAGAGCCUUGUCAAAACAACGGAACCUGUACAGACCUGGUCAACGACUACCUCUGUGAUUGUGUUGCAGGAUUCAAUGGAACAAAUUGUGACAUCAAUAUCGAUGAGUGUGCAUCUGAACCUUGUCAGAACAAUGGAACUUGUAUAGAUCUGAUCAAUGAUUACACAUGUGCUUGUACUGUCGGUUUUAAUGGAACGAACUGCACAAUUGAUAUCGAUGACUGCAAUCCAGAGCCUUGUCAAAACAACGGAACCUGUACAGACCUGGUCAACGACUACCAAUGUAGUUGUGAUGCAGGAUUCAAUGGAACAAAUUGUGAAAACAAUAUCGAUGACUGCAAUCCAGAGCCUUGUCAAAACAACGGAACCUGUACAGACCUGGUCAACGACUACCUCUGUGAUUGUAUUGCAGGAUUCAAUGGAACAAAUUGUGACAUCAAUAUCGAUGAGUGUGCAUCUGAACCUUGUCAGAACAAUGGAACUUGUAUAGAUCUGAUCAAUGAUUACACAUGUGCUUGUACUGUCGGUUUUAAUGGAACGAACUGCACAAUUGAUAUCGAUGACUGCAAUCCAGAGCCUUGUCAAAACAACGGAACCUGUACAGACCUGGUCAACGACUACCAAUGUAGUUGUGAUGCAGGAUUCAAUGGAACAAAUUGUGAAAACAAUAUCGAUGACUGCAAUCCAGAGCCUUGUCAAAACAACGGAACCUGUACAGACCUGGUCAACGACUACCUCUGUGAUUGUGUUGCAGGAUUCAAUGGAACAAAUUGUGACAUCAAUAUCGAUGAGUGUGCAUCUGAACCUUGUCAGAACAAUGGAACUUGUAUAGAUCUGAUCAAUGAUUACACAUGUGCUUGUACUGUCGGUUUUAAUGGAACGAACUGCACAAUUGAUAUCGAUGACUGCAAUCCAGAGCCUUGUCAAAACAACGGAACCUGUACAGACCUGGUCAACGACUACCAAUGUAGUUGUGAUGCAGGAUUCAAUGGAACAAAUUGUGAAAACAAUAUCGAUGACUGCAAUCCAGAGCCUUGUCAAAACAACGGAACCUGUACAGACCUGGUCAACGACUACCUCUGUGAUUGUAUUGCAGGAUUCAAUGGAACAAAUUGUGACAUCAAUAUCGAUGAGUGUGCAUCUGAACCUUGUCAGAACAAUGGAACUUGUAUAGAUCUGAUCAAUGAUUACACAUGUGCUUGUACUGUCGGUUUUAAUGGAACGAACUGCACAAUUGAUAUCGAUGAGUGUGCAUCUGAACCUUGUCAGAACAAUGGAACUUGUAUAGAUCUGAUCAAUGAUUACACAUGUGCUUGUACUGUCGGUUUUAAUGGAACGAACUGCACAAUUGACCUGGUCAACGACUACCAAUGUAGUUGUGUUGCUGGAUUCAAUGGAACAAAUUGUGAAAACAGUAAACACCAUACCUGCAUAAUGAAUUUGUUUCUGGGAAUCCAGAAAACCUUCAAUGUGUUACUUCAUGAACAUUUGAUAUUCGUGAAAUAUGGUGUCAUUUUCAUCAUAAACAUCAGAAUAAGAAUUGUCGAGAAAAAAAUUCUGUUCAUUCAGUUGGUACUUGAAAUUGUAGAUAUCGAUGACUGCAAUCCAGAGCCUUGUCAAAACAACGGAACCUGUACAGACCUGGUCAACGACUACCUCUGUGAUUGUGUUGCAGGAUUCAAUGGAACAAAUUGUGACAUAAAUAUCGAUGAGUGUGCAUCUGAACCUUGUCAGAACAAUGGAACUUGUAUAGAUCUGAUCAAUGAUUACACAUGUGCUUGUACUGUCGGUUUUAAUGGAACGAACUGCACAAUUGAUAUCGAUGACUGCAAUCCAGAGCCUUGUCAAAACAACGGAACCUGUACAGACCUGGUCAACGACUACCAAUGUAGUUGUGUUGCUGGAUUCAAUGGAACAAAUUGUGAAAACAAUAUCGAUGACUGCAAUGCAGAGCCUUGUCAAAACAACGGAACCUGUACAGACCUGGUCAACAACUACCAAUGUAGUUGUGUUGCAGGAUUCAAUGGAACAAAUUGUGAAAACAAUAUCGAUGACUGCAAUCCAGAGCCUUGUCAAAACAACGGAACCUGUACAGACCUGGUCAACGACUACCUCUGUGAUUGUGUUGCAGGAUUCAAUGGAACAAAUUGUGACAUCAAUAUCGAUGAGUGUGCAUCUGAACCUUGUCAAAACAAUGGAACUUGUAUAGAUCUGAUCAAUGAUUACACAUGUGCUUGUACUGUCGGUUUUAAUGGAACGAACUGCACAAUUGAUAUCGAUGAGUGUGCAUCUGAACCUUGUCAGAACAAUGGAACUUGUAUAGAUCUGAUCAAUGAUUACACAUGUGCUUGUACUGUCGGUUUUAAUGGAACGAACUGCACAAUUGGAUUCAAUGGAACAAAUUGUGACAUAAAUAUCGAUGAGUGUGCAUCUGAACCUUGUCAGAACAAUGGAACUUGUAUAGAUCUGAUCAAUGAUUACACAUGUGCUUGUACUGUCGGUUUUAAUGGAACGAACUGCACAAUUGAUAUCGAUGAGUGUGCAUCUGAACCUUGUCAGAACAAUGGAACUUGUAUAGAUCUGAUCAAUGAUUACACAUGUGCUUGUACUGUCGGUUUUAAUGGAACGAACUGCACAAUUGAUAUCGAUGACUGCAAUGCAGAGCCUUGUCAAAACAACGGAACCUGUACAGACCUGGUCAACAACUACCAAUGUAGUUGUGUUGCAGGAUUCAAUGGAACAAAUUGUGAAAACAAUAUCGAUGAGUGUGCAUCUGAACCUUGUCAAAACAAUGGAACUUGUAUAGAUCUGAUCAAUGAUUACACAUGUGCUUGUACUGUCGGUUUUAAUGGAACGAACUGCACAAUUGAUAUCGAUGACUGCAAUCCAGAGCCUUGUCAAAACAACGGAACCUGUACAGACCUGGUCAACGACUACCAAUGUAGUUGUGAUGCAGGAUUCAAUGGAACAAAUUGUGAAAACAAUAUCGAUGACUGCAAUCCAGAGCCUUGUCAAAACAACGGAACCUGUACAGACCUGGUCAACGACUACCUCUGUGAUUGUAUUGCAGGAUUCAAUGGAACAAAUUGUGACAUCAAUAUCGAUGAGUGUGCAUCUGAACCUUGUCAGAACAAUGGAACUUGUAUAGAUCUGAUCAAUGAUUACACAUGUGCUUGUACUGUCGGUUUUAAUGGAACGAACUGCACAAUUGAUAUCGAUGACUGCAAUGCAGAGCCUUGUCAAAACAACGGAACCUGUACAGACCUGGUCAACAUCUACCAAUGUAGUUGUGUUGCAGGAUUCAAUGGAACAAAUUGUGAAAACAGAUUCAAUGGAACAAAUUGUGACAUCAAUAUCGAUGAGUGUGCAUCUGAACCUUGUAAGAACAAUGGAACUUGUAUAGAUCUGAUCAAUGAUUACACAUGUGCUCGUACUGUCGGUUUUAAUGGAACGAACUGCACAAUUGAUAUCGAUGACUGCAAUCCAGAGCCUUGUCAAAACAACGGAACCUGUACAGACCUGGACUGCAAUCCAGAGCCUUGUCAAAACAACGGAACUUGUACAGACCUGGUCAACGACUACCACUGUGAUUGUGUUGCACGGGUACUUGAAAUUGUAGAUAUCGAUGACUGCAAUGCAGAGCCUUGUCAAAACAACGGAACCUGUACAGACCUGGUCAACGACUACCAAUGUAGUUGUGUUGCAGGAUUCAAUGGAACAAAUUGUGAAAACAAUAUCGAUGAGUGUGCAUCUGAACCUUGUCAGAACAAUGGAACUUGUAUAGAUCUGAUCAAUGAUUACACAUGUGCUUGUACUGUCGGUUUCAAUGGAACGAACUGCACAAUUGAUAUCGAUGACUGCAAUCCAGAGCCUUGUCAAAACAACGGAACCUGUACAGACCUGGUCAACGACUACCAAUGUAGUUGUGUUGCUCGAUUCAAUGGAACAAAUUGUGAAAACAAUAUCGAUGACUGCAAUCCAGAGCCUUGUCAAAACAGCGGAACCUGUACAGACCUGGUCAACGACUACCACUGUGAUUGUGUUGCAGGAUUCAAUGGAACAAAUUGUGACAUAAAUAUCGAUGAGUGUGCAUCUGAACCUUGUCAGAACAAUGGAACUUGUAUAGAUCUGAUCAAUGAUUACACAUGUGCUUGUACUGUCGGUUUUAAUGGAACGAACUGCACAAUUGAUAUCGAUGAGUGUGCAUCUGAACCUUGUCAGAACAAUGGAACUUGUAUAGAUCUGAUCAAUGAUUACACAUGUGCUUGUACUGUCGGUUUUAAUGGAACGAACUGCACAAUUGAUAUCGAUGAGUGUGCAUCUGAACCUUGUCAGAACAAUGGAACUUGUAUAGAUCUGAUCAAUGAUUACACAUGUGCUUGUACUGUCGGUUUCAAUGGAACGAACUGCACAAUUGAUAUCGAUGAGUGUGCAUCUGAACCUUGUCAGAACAAUGGAACUUGUAUAGAUCUGAUCAAUGAUUACACAUGUGCUUGUACUGUCGGUUUUAAUGGAACGAACUGCACAAUUGAUAUCGAUGACUGCAAUGCAGAGCCUUGUCAAAACAACGGAACCUGUACAGACCUGGUCAACGACUACCAAUGUAGUUGUGUUGCAGGAUUCAAUGGAACAAAUUGUGAAAACAAUAUCGAUGACUGCAAUCCAGAACCUUGUCAAAACAACGGAACCUGUACAGACCUGGUCAACGACUACCACUGUGAUUGUGUUGCAGGAUUCAAUGGAACAAAUUGUGACAUCAAUAUCGAUGAGUGUGCAUCUGAACCUUGUCAGAACAAUGGAACUUGUAUAGAUCUGAUCAAUGAUUACACAUGUGCUUGUACUGUCGGUUUCAAUGGAACGAACUGCACAAUUGAUAUCGAUGACUGCAAUCCAGAGCCUUGUCAAAACAACGGAACCUGUACAGACCUGGUCAACGACUACCAAUGUAGUUGUGUUGCUGGAUUCAAUGGAACAAAUUGUGAAAACAAUAUCGAUGACUGCAAUCCAGAGCCUUGUCAAAACAACGGAACCUGUACAGACCUGGUCAACGACUACCAAUGUAGUUGUGUUGCAGGAUUCAAUGGAACAAAUUGUGAAAACAAUAUCGAUGACUGCAAUCCAGAGCCUUGUCAAAACAACGGAACCUGUACAGACCUGGUCAACGACUACCACUGUGAUUGUGUUGCAGGAUUCAAUGGAACAAAUUGUGACAUUAAUAUCGAUGAGUGUGCAUCUGAACCUUGUCAGAACAAUGGAACUUGUAUAGAUCUGAUCAAUGAUUACACAUGUGCUUGUACUGUCGGUUUCAAUGGAACGAACUGCACAAUUGAUAUCGAUGAGUGUGCAUCUAAACCUUGUCAGAACAAUGGAACUUGUAUAGAUCUGAUCAAUGAUUACACAUGUGCUUGUACUGUCGGUUUCAAUGGAACGAACUGCACAAUUGCUGGUACUUGA